GACCGUGUUGCUGAACUACUGCGCUUAAUUGUGCACCGAGUCUGUGGCUUCAUAAAAGUGUCGGUGUAAUGGAUCCCGUGUCAAAAGUGAUUUAGAUUAUAAACAAAUCGAAAGGUUUGGAUCUACAGCAUUCCUACGAUGUAAUGGAAACAAAUAAAGAACGCAAUGAAACGGAGACUGCUGUCAGAAUAGCAUACAUUGUGCAAGAACUAAGCCAAUCAUCGCUGAAUACGCAACUCAAGAAAACUGCUCAAGCCCAUGUAUUAAAUCCUGAAGUCGAUUUGGCCAGUUUAAAGGAUGAAGUUCGUAAGGCCUUACGCCAGUCAGGACAGGAAAAGCUUCUGCAAAAUGCUGUGUAUAAGCAACUUGCACAGUUUCCACCAGCCGAGCAUCCGCACGCAACGCUGGAGCAACUUAAAGAACCGCUUAGCUACAUCAGACGAGCUCAGUCUAACUGGGAGAAAAGAAUUGUGAAAAGUUUGAACAGUAUGUGCACGGAGUUAUCAAUUCCAUUAGCAAGAAAGAGAGCACUUAGUGAACAAAAGGAACUGAGGUCUACAUGGAAUGAACUGGGCACGGAUGAACCAGAUCUGUCAGCAUUCCGACCGGUAUAUGCCCCAAAAGAUUUCUUGGACGUGUUAAUAACUGUCAAGAAUCCACAGCAACAGCAGAGCUCUAAUCCACUGCACAACACUUGGGGAUUACUACAGAUCCCACUCAAGGUUAAAUCGUUAACGGAAUUGCAAAAUUUCUAUGGUGAUUUGUCUCCUAGCAAUGCCCAAAUUGGGGUGGAGAAUUUGAGUUCUAUGACAACAGGUUUUGAGAAUGAAGCAGUCAAAUUUGGACAUAAAAUCGUUAAUGAAAAUCAUUGCCCUCUUGCACAAUUGUAUGCGAAGCAAGGCUGCCCAACAACUUUAAGAGCUCAAGUCUGGUCCAGCAUUCUAGGUGUCUCAACAGACGAUAUCGAUUUGCUUUACUAUGACCAACUAAAAAACUAUGUUUUGCAGCAUGACUUACUGGUGGAUAAUCUCAUGUAUAAGGAUGUGAAGUUAACUGCUGCAAAUGAUGACCAAUAUUUCGUCUUUGAAGAUAAUCUCUAUCAAGUGCUGUUUCUAUUUAGUAGAGAUACGUAUGUUCUCAAGCAUUUUGCAAACAGCUCGGCGUCACCCGCUAAAUCGUACAUACGAGGAAUGUUAGGAGUUGAGGAUUAUUCAGUCGUUUACCCGCCUAAUGGCGUGAUUCCUUUUCAUGGAUUUUCAAUGCUAGUUGUACCACUCUGCUUCGUGUUUGACGAUCCAAUCAAGCUGUAUUUCAAUUUCCGUGAACUAUAUUGCUGCCACUUUCACAGAUUACACACUAUAUCAUCCCACGAACAGGGAAUGCUGUCAAUAUGUGUUUUGUUUGAGACUAUUUUGCAAAGUCGACAACCUCAUUUGUUUUUACACUUGAAAGAAACUGGGGCACAUCCUUUGAAGAUUGCAUUUAAGUGGUUGAUGCGGGCAUUUUCCGGUUACUUGGCAGCCGACCAAUUACUGUGUCUGUGGGAUCGUAUCCUAGCCUACGGGACUCUAGAAUUAUUAGCUGUGCUUGCUGCGGGUAUUUUUUCAUUUCGUCGUGUCAACUUGAUGGAGACGUCGUCGUACGCAUCUGCCGAGGCCGUGUUAGCUGACAUCACAACCGUGAAAGUUCUUCCAAUAUUGCAACUGUUUCUGUUCUCAACCAAUUGAAGUUUAAAAUGUAAUGACCUUUGAUCUUCGACACUAUGCAAUACUACAGACUGACUGACUCAAAUGUUUGAAAAAAAUAAAAACUGACAGAUUGUUUGUUUCAGACAUAUCAGAUGAAGCAGAUUUUGUAUUUAUCAGACAAUGUUUAAUCAAACAAUGCUGAGUCUCAGACAUGAACUAAUAAUGUUUUGUAUACCAAUAUGCCAGGUUUGAGAUGAGGACAAAACAAACCAGUCUACACCCCUGAUGUCUUUUGGAACUCUUAAUUUUAUCAGACAGUGUUUAAUCAAACAAUGCUGGGUCUGUCAGACAUGAACUAAUAAUGUUGUGUACCAAUAUCCCAGAUUCGAGAUGAGGACAAAACAAAUCAGUCUACACCCCUGAUGUCUUUUAUAAUACUUAACUUUAUCACACAAUGUUUAAACAACAAUGCUAAGUCUGUCAGACAUGAACUUAAUACUGGGGUGUAUAACAUUAUGCCAGAGUAAAUGAGACCAAAACAAAGAGACUAUACACACCUGAUGUCUGAUCAAAUAUUUGUUUUUUUUAUCUGACAGACAAAAAUGUGAGAAUUUAUGUUUGGAUUUAGCUUUAACACGUUGGGUUUACUGAUAGAUUGCUAUUUAAAUUACUGACGUCAUGGCUGUCUUAGCAUACACUUCAUGUUGAACAUGAUGAAUCUAUGGCUAAAUCCAACUGUCAUUUAAAAAAAACAAUGGGCUUUGAUUUAGUCAGCAUUCAGACAUCUUUCCACUUGUCUGUUCAUGUGGAUUUAUUUUCUUUGCGUAAUAAAGUAUACAAACGUAGACAUUGCACUGUGAUGCAUAUGGCAAAAUUAUGUAAGUUUUCUAGGUGAGAUUUCUGUUAAUGGUAAAAAAGAUUGAACAACCUUGACUGAAAGUAGUAGUAGUAUGAGGGUUUGCAGGGGCGCUUCCAGAGCAAAAUCUGUGUAGGAGCCAUGUGACAUUCGAAGCACAAAGCUUUUAGAUUUUUGUUUUAGAAAUGCUUGUACAUGGAAUUAAUAUUGUAAAUUACCUUGUUUUGUUCUACCGUGCUCUUUCUCCUUUCUUUUCAUUUUUUUUUUCUUUUCGCUUUCUAUUCUCUCCGUCUUUUUUAAGAGGGAAGGGGGGGGGGUGCUAGCCUCCGUUUUCCCCUGGAUCUGCCCCAGGUAUUUGCCAAAAAAAGAAAGUACAAUAUACAUAGUGUUAUUAAUAUUUCAAUCAAUAUUAUAUGUUUGAAUUGAGCUUAUUACUAUUUGCAAUAUUAUGCAGUUUUAUUACAAUUAUUAUUUUCAUAUUAUUUUUUAUAGUUAUUCUUAUCACAAUUAUCAUUAUUAUUAAUAUUAAUUU